AUGGCCACUUAUCUCGUUACCGGUGUUAGCCGUGGCCUCGGGUUCGAGUUUCUGAGGCAGUUGUCUGCUGAGCCAAACAACCUCGUCGUCGGACUCGUCCGCGAUCAAGCCGCAACACUUGCCAAAGUCGAGGCUGAGCUGGCAUCUCCGAGCAACGUCCACAUUCUCCAAGCAGACAUUGCCGACUACGCCUCGCUCAAGAGCUCCGUGGAUAAAAUUGCCGACAUCACUGGCUCCAAGAUCGAUUACAUCAUUGCCAAUGCUGCGCUCGUUUCCCGCUGGUCGGCGUACAAGGACAUUGGCAGCCUUGGCAGCGACCCGGACGGCCUUGACAACGACCUCCGACGCUCAUUCGACAUCAACGUCAUAGGCAACAUCCACCUAUUCAACUUGUUCAUGCCAUUUGUUCUCAAUGGUAGAGUGAAGAAAGUCGUUGCCCUGUCCACCGGCAUGGCUGAUCUCGAUCUCGUCAACGACUACUCGAUCCAGGUGGGUGCGCCCUACUCAAUCAGCAAAGCGGCCUUGAAUCUUGCCGUGGCAAAGUUCAAUGCCCGGUACAAACGAGAAGGGGUCUUGUUUUUGAGCAUUUCCCCUGGAUUUGUUGAAACGGGCCAGGACCAAGAUGCUACCGAGGAGGAAAAACGCGAAACCGCCGCAAUGGGCGCUGCUUUUGCAAAGUACGCACCGCAUUUUACCGGCCCGGACACACCGGAGGCUUCGGUCAAAAAUGUCUUGCGGGUUAUUAGCACAGCGAGCGUGGAAACAGGACACGGCGGCGCCUUCAUCUCCCAUCUCGGAAACAAGCAAUGGUUGUGA